GCCGCUAUAUAUAGUUGGAGAAAUCCCCUGUAAGCGGCUUAGGGCGUAAAAGAAGAAACAAAGCCGUAGAAGAGGGCUCUUUGUGGGCACAGAAUACAUUUAUCUUUAUCUCUAGGACUUCAAAGAACAAAUGGAUCGGUACCAGAGAGUGGAGAAGCCGAAAGCAGAGACACCAAUUGACGAGAAUGAAAUUAGGAUUACAAGUCAAGGGAGGAUGCGCAGCUACAUCACUUAUGCCAUGACACUCCUUCAGGAAAAAGGUUCAAAUGAGAUUGUAUUCAAGGCAAUGGGAAGAGCCAUCAACAAGACUGUAACUAUAGUGGAGUUAAUAAAGAGAAGGAUUGCUGGUCUUCAUCAGAUCACAUCAAUUGGAUCUACAGAUAUAACAGAUAUGUGGGAACCUUUGGAGGAAGGCCUUUUACCUUUGGAAACCACAAGGCAUGUGUCGAUGAUCACAAUAAUCCUUUCAAAGAAGGAACUUAAUACAUCUUCCAUUGGCUAUCAGCCUCCACAUACUUGGUUGAAUUCUUUAUUUAUAUAUUUAUUGUAUGUUUCAACUGGGAAAACAGUCAUUACAUUUGCUUUUCUGGAUACUGUAUUUUUUUCAGGGAAUGGGUAUCUAUCUGCCGAGUAUGAAGAUGGAGGUUGGGAUCGCAAUCGAGGAUAUUCUAGGGGCAGAGGUCGUGGGAGAGGGCGUGGUUCACGUGGCCGUGGACGUGGAGGAUACAAUGGGCCCCAAGAUGGAGGUUAUGGAUAUGAAGCACCCAGUCAAGGCCGUGGCCGUGGUCGUGGAAGGGGAAAUCGUGGAAGAGGCCGUGGAUUCAGAUACAAUGGGUCUAGACUUAAUGGACCGAUCCAGGCAGCUGCAUGAGAGACAAUAGCACAAUCCAAAAAGGGGUGUUGUCGAUGCCUUCUCCAUUCCAUGUUUGUGGUUAAUUAUUGAAGUAUCUUGUUUGCUUUUUCUGGUCUCCAACUGUCAGUUUUUAACGUUAGGUCAUAAAGCAUAAGCAUGUGUAACCAUUAUGUAGUAAUUUGGUAGAGUUACUCCGUGUCUCAGUGGCAUCCUUAUAUGUUGUAGAUCUAGGCAAGAUGCUUAGACGAUCAAUUGUAACCCGUUUCUUUUUGACCGAGCAGUUCAUUCUUUUAUUUUUCUUGUA